AGGGAGAGGGUAAGCCAGAAGCUGGUGCUCUGCGCCGAGAGGACACAAAGAAGCGGCUCCGCUGAUAACGGCGCAGGGCUUAGAGAAAGAGGGGUAAAAGAGUCUGCUGCGCUUCCCUCCCGCCUGAAUGGAAGCGCCGCGUUUGCAAAGCAGCACCCGCGGUUUCAUUACCCUGCCUGGAAAUCGCGGAGGAGAGGAGGUGGUGAAGAAGGCAAGCAGGCAGGCUUAGCGCUCAGUGAUUGCUCCGGGGAUUGAAAUGCUACUACUGUUGCUGAAGGGAAGAAGUUGCUUAGCAUCCCUGGCCCCGACCUCGCCGCUGCUGUAGCCGAAGGGGAGAGAUGCUGCAACAAGGCUCGGCGAUCGCGUACCCGGCUGCUCCCCUGCAAGCAGAAGGCUCCCAGGAGCGACAGCAGCCCUUGCAUCUGUGAAGAGAAGCGGAGGGCGAAGCCGAGAGACCCGAUCGAUUCUGGAUCCCUCUUUGGAUUCGACGACGACGCGCCGCCGCCAGCGGUUGGGGGCUGCUGGCGUGCUGGGAAAUCUGUGCCCGCCCCGGCUGGGAUCCGUGUAGCAGCAGCUUUUGCUUAGUGGAUGUGUAUGAAUGAGUUCUGCACCGAAUGGGCGCAAAAAGCGCCCCAGGUCCACGGGCUCUAUCUUCCAGAUCAGCAAAACGCCGCUGCACAGCAGGGCCGGUGAACGCAGAGGCAGCGCCUCGGAGGGCGCCCCCAAGACCCAGAGACUGGCCCUGGAUGACUGCAAGAUGCUUGUCCAGGAUUUCAACACCCAGGUGGCUCUGUACCGCGAGCUGGUCAUUUCCAUUGGGGACGUCUCGGUCAGUUGUCCAUCUUUACGUGCUGAAAUGCACAGAACUCGAAUCAAAGGGUGUGAGAUCGCCUGUCAGGCCCACCAAAAGCUAUCAGCAAUCUCUGGCCCAGAAGAUGGUGAGAUUCAUCCUGAAAUCUGUAGAUUAUAUAUCCAGUUGCAGUGUUGCUUAGAAAUGUAUACGACAGAGAUGCUAAAAUCCAUAUGCCUACUAGGAUCGCUUCAGCUUCAUCGGAAAGGGAUAGAAACUUGUUCAGCACCCAAGAUCAUAGACAGUAAAACAGAGGAGAGUUCAGAAGUUCCUAUUUUAGAAGACACAUCAUCUUCACCGACAAACAUCCAACAACAUUUAUGGCAGGUUUCCACGGAUAUUGAAAACACAGAGAGGGAUAUGAGAGAAAUGAAAAACCUUUUAAGCAAACUCAGGGAGACUAUGCCUUUGCCACUGAAAAAUCAAGAUGACAGCAGCCUUCUAAACUUGACCCCAACUCCUUAUCCAUUAGUGCGAAGACGGAAGCGGAGGUUCUUUGGACUGUGCUGUCUUGUCUCAAGCUAGAUGACCCAGUACAGAAGUGCACAGAUGACCACAGCCAAUACAAUUUGACCUUUAGCGGGAUAAACCUUAAUGCUCUAAGUGAUAGUGUGUGUUUUCUACACGACUAAUUAUUUCUUCCCUCCUUUUCAAGAGUUCUACAAUUUGUUGCUGACAAGAACCAAAUCAGGAAACCAAUUUAACAUUGAGAAUAUUUUUAAACUUUUUUUAAUGACAUACUGCAUGUUUACUUCAAACCAUUGUGAUUAGAUGAAAAUAUUAUACUUAUUAAAUAAAACAUGCAAUUUUUUAAAUUUAGUGUACAAACCUCCAGAACCAAUUGUGUACAGUACAAUAGUAUGACUGUAGCUCUUGCUAGUAUGAUGUUAAACUAUUUGAACAUAUUCUAUUAAGCAAUUUUAAUCCAUAGAAAACUAUUUAGAACAGCAAAACUGUGCUUAAGUUCUAAAAUGCUAAAAUAAACAGAGCCAAUAUCAUAAGAGAACCUGCACAAACUCUCCUAUUGCUUUUUAUGCUCUCAUUCAUAUUUAGUCUUCCACUCUAUAUCUCAACUGAUACAAGAUCUUCAUAAUACAGUAUAUUAAUUUCUGUUACGCAAGCAACAUAACAUUGAUAUGUUGAUUCUGUAAAUAUGAGAUAGUUAUAUCUACAUAUUGUACAAUGCAUAGAAAUAGCUAAUUUACUUUUUAAACUCCCCCCCCAAACAAAUGUAUCUAUUUCAACUUUGGGAAGAACGGAUGAAAAGUUUAAAAGGUGGUGUAGGAAACUAUAAAAUCUACAGAAGUAAAGCAGAUUAUCCCAUUUUGUCUUCAUUAAAGGUUGAAGCAUGGUGUCUGAACAUCAAUUUAGUGUUACUGCUUAUAGGGCAUGCCAGAAGUAGCUCUAACUGUAAAAUAUUAAACAUUUUACAUUGUUAAUAAAUAUUUUUUAGUUAAAACUAAAA